AUGUGGACUUUGGGGUACGAUGAUAAUGGCGGAGAAUUUAGCUUCUCUGAGCCCUUCAAUGGCGGCCGCAAGCUUCGGCCUCUCGUUCCUCGACCUUUGCCAGCUUCUCUUCGCGUCAAUGGCGCCAACUUCUGUGCCCAAUAUUACCAUCUGGCAAGUUAUUUGAAUUUGAAUGAGCAAAGCAAGAGAGAGUUGAAUGAUAGUUCGUCGUCGAGUUCUCCGGCGGUCGUUGUAAGCUCGUCGAGGUGGAAUCCGACGGCGGAGCAGUUGAGAAUUCUGGAGGAACUCUACCGGCGGGGGACUCGGACGCCGUCCGCCGACCAAAUUCAGCACAUCACGGCCCAGCUCCGCCGCUACGGCAAGAUUGAAGGAAAAAACGUCUUCUACUGGUUUCAGAAUCACAAGGCCAGAGAGCGCCAGAAACGACGCCGUCAAACCGCCGCCGACCAAACCAAACAUUCAGGGACAGAAAAAGGGUACGAAAUUCAACAGACAAAGACGAACUGCACUACUACACUUUCACAGGAACGUGAAGAAAGGAGAAGAAGAGAAUGUGUGGAAAGAGACGGUGAACUUGUAAUAAACCCUAGGAGGAAAACCCUGCACCACCGAAACGGCCUCGUGGACGAACCGUACCGAGAAAAUAGUAACGGGCUUGUGCGGGACGGAUGUGAAACGACGACGCUUCAGCUGUUUCCUCUCCGGAGCACCAAGUUGUGCAAAAACGAAAACGACAGCGAGAGGGAGGGACGACAAGAGGAUCAGCUGGGAAUCAUGUCGGAUUCGGACAACAUGACAGUCCUCAAAACUUCCCCCUUUUCCCCCACUACUACUUUUCAGUUCUUUGAAUUUCUUCCACUCAAAAACUGA